AUGUCGAAUCCCCAGAAGUACACGGUCGGCUGGAUUUGUGCCGUCACCACCGAGUUUGUCGCUGCGCGAGCCUUCUUUGACGAAAAACACGACCAACUCGAAACAAUCGCCGAUAAUGACAAUAAUAACUAUGCUCUGGGGAAAAUCGGGAAGCACAACGUUGUCAUGGCCGUCUUGCCUAAAUCUGAGUAUGGCACGACCUCCGCCGCGACUGUGGCAAGGGACAUGCUGCGCAGCUUUCCAAACAUUCGUUUCGGAUUGAUGGUCGGUAUCGGCGGCGGCGCCCCCAACGCAAAGCACGAUAUACGACUUGGCGAUGUUAUUGUGAGUACCCGUGGCAGUGGGAAAGGCGGUGUGUUUCAAUAUGACUAUGGUAAAGCGAUUCAGGAGCAUGCGUUCGUGACGACAGGAUCCUUGAACCAGCCGCCACAGUUGCUCCUCACAGCAUUGAGCGGGCUCGAGGCUGAAUACGAGUUGGAAGGGCAUCAGCUCAGCGCCCACAUUGAUAGGGCAUUGGAACAAUGGCCCCGCCUACGGCAGAAGUAUUCUCGGCCAUCCCCCGACAGCGAUAGACUCUACCGGCCCGACGUUGUUCAUACGGACUCGUCGAAAAAAUGCGGCGACGUGUGCAGCAACGAUCCCGCUUGUCUGGUGGAUCGAAAAGAACGGGGCGAGCAGAAGGAUGACCCUGCCAUCCAUUAUGGGUUGAUCGCCAGCGCAAAUCAGUUGAUGAAGGACGCACUUGCGCGGGACAAGCUGGCGGCUAGUAUGGAUGUCCUUUGUUUCGAGAUGGAGGCGGCCGGCUUGAUGAACCACUUCCCGUGUCUGGUGAUCCGCGGGAUAUGCGAUUAUUCUGACUCGCACAAGAGCAAGGAGUGGCAGGGCUUUGCGGCAAUGAUGGCAGCGGCGUAUGCCAAAGAUCUCCUACGCCAGAUUCCUCCCAGCAAGGUCGAGGCUGAGAAGCCUAUUAGCGAAGUCCUCGGUUCUAUCGAAUCCACGGGAAAUGAAACCAAAUAUGCGGUGAUGAGUAUGGCAUCUGACCAUCAUUUCGCCAAAAUCGAGCGAUGGCUGUCCCCGCCAGAUUGUUCAACCAAUGCCAACUUGGCAAGAAAACGCCGUCAUCCCGGCACUGGGACCUGGCUUCUAAACAGUCCCGUCUUCCAGGAAUGGACAGUUGGAACACGCCGGCAUCUGUGGCUCUACGGCUUGGCAGGAUGUGGCAAGACCAUUCUGAUUACGACGAUUCUAGAUCAUCUUCUGCAAUUAGACACCUACACCACCCUUGCCUUCUUCUUCGACUUUAACGAUGCCAGGAAACAGAAAUUGGAGGAUCUCCUACGCUCGCUAGCAAUUCAGCUUUAUCAUGCCGGGAAUGAAGCCGCGAGAAGACUUGAUAGUCUUUUCACUUCGCAUGAUGAUGGACGGAGACAACCAGAUACAAAUGCCUUAUCAGCCUGUGUUGAUACAAUGAUACAAAUUGCUGGAAAGGUUUUCGUUAUCAUUGACGCCCUAGAUGAGUGUACAGCAAGGGAAGAACUUGUGCAAUGGCUGAAGCAUUUAGCAUCCACGAAGGCUCAGCUCAUCGUUACUGGCCGGCCUGAAAUAGAGUUCCAAAGCGCGAUCCCUCAGUCAUUCGACAAGCUAAACUGUGUCCAACUUGAUAAGAACGUUGUCAACGGUGACAUACGCUCUUACGUUGAGGCAACGCUUGAGCAGAAGCCUGAUUUCGUGGAUAAGAAGUUAUCUCCAAGUAUUCUAGAGGAGAUUCGUGACAAAAUCGGAGAUGGAGCCGAUGGGAUGUUCAGAUGGGCAGCUUGUCAACUGGAAAGUCUUGCGAGGUGUCUGAGCCCAAAAGCUAUCAAGAUAGCUCUCAGAGCUUUGCCCCGAGAUCUGAAUGAGACAUAUUACCGCAUGCUCAAAAACAUACCAGCGGAAUACAAGAGCAGCGCUAUUCGUCUCCUGCAAUUUCUCGUCUACACCAAGAGGCCUCUGACGCUAGCAGAGGCCAUCGAAGUGAUAGCUACCGAGAUAGAUCAAGAACCUCGGGGCUUCGAUGUUGAUGGCAGACUAUCUCUGAAAGCCGACGUCCUACGAUACUGCCCCAGCUUGGUGAUAAUCGCCAAAGUCACAAACUACACCGAGACCGUGGAAGAACUUCAUCUUGCUCACUUCUCUGUCAAAGAGUAUCUUCUUGAACAAGCCCAGUUCGAUCUUGAAAGUGCCAGCAUUGUCAUCACCAGAACCUGCCUGACUUAUCUUGGUGAUAUCGAGAACAAUUGCAGCACAAUCAGAUCCGAUUUUCCCAUGGCACGAUAUGCAGCAAAGUCCUGGAUGGACUACGCCGCUUCGGCCGAGACUUCUGAAGAAAUUGUUCGAAUCACAGUUAGCUUUUUACGAAACGAGACAACAUUUCAACGCUGGUGUCGAUUGUAUCAGGCCGACCGUGCAUGGGACCGUACACCAGGACCUCCUAGAGCACCCAGACUAUAUUAUGCUUGUCUAGGUGGCCUUGCAGGGGCCGCAAGAGAUCUGGCGAUAGAGGGAGCUGAUGUUAACGCGCAGGGCGGCAAGUAUGGUAAUGCUCUGCAAGCUGCCUCAUAUAACGGCAACCGAGAUAUUGUGCAACUGCUCCUCGACAAAGGAGCCGAUGUUAGUGCGCAGGGCGGUGAGUAUGGUAAUGCUCUGCAAGCUGCCUUAUAUAACGGUAACCGAGAGGUUGUGCAGCUGCUCCUCGACAAAGGAGCCGACGUUAGUCCGCAGGGCGGCCGGUAUGGCAAUGCUUUACAGGCCGCCUCAUAUAACGGCAACCGAGAUGUUGUGCAACUGCUCCUCGACAAAGGAGCCGAUGUUAACACGCAGGGCGGUGAGUACGGCAAUGCUCUGCAAGCUGCCUUAUGGAAGGGCAACCGACAUGUUGUGCAACUGCUCCUCGACAAAGGAGCCGACGUUAAUGCGCGGGGCGGCAGGUACGGUAACGCUCUACAUAUUGCCUUAUAUAACGGCAACCGAGAGGUUGUACAGCUGCUCCUCGACAAAGGAGCCGACGUUAAUGCGCAGGGCGGCAAGUAUGGUAAUGCUCUGCAAGCUGCCUCAUAUAACGGUAACCGAGAUGUACCGCUGCUUCUCGAAAAAGGAGCCGACGUUAAUGCGCAGGGCGGCAAGUAUGGUAAUGCUCUGCAAGCUGCCUUGAAUGAAGAUGAAGGCCACCAAAAGGUUGUGCAAUUGCUCCUUGACAAAGGAGCCGACGUUAGUGCACAGGGCGGCGAGUACGGCAAUGCUUUACAGGCCGCCUCAUUGAACGGCAACCGAGAGGUUGUACAGCUGCUCCUCGACAAAGGAGCCGACGUUAGUGCGCAGGGCGGCCGGUACGGCAAUGCUUUACAGGCCGCCUCAUAUAACGGCAACCGAGAUGUUGUGCAACUGCUCCUCGACAAAGGAGCCGACGUUAGUGCGCAGGGCGGCAAGUAUGGUAAUGCUCUGCAAGCUGCCUCAUAUAACGGCAACCGAGAUGUUGUACCGCUGCUCCUCGAUAAAGGAGCCGACGUUAAUGCGCAGGGUGGCGAGUACGGCAAUGCUUUGCAAGCUGCCUCAUGGAAGGGCAACCGACAUAUUGUGCAACUGCUCCUCGACAACAGAGCCGAUGCCAACGCGCAGGGCGGCAGGUACGGUAACGCUCUACAGACUGCCUCAUUUAAGGGCAACCGAGAGGUUGUGCAACUGCUCCUCGACAAAGGAGCCGAUGUUAAUGCGUGGGGCGGCCCUUUUGGCAAUGCUCUACAGACUGCCUUGUAUCAGGGCAACCGAGAGGUUGUGCAAUUACUCAAUCUGAACAGCGCCAAGAUGAUGUCCAGAAAGUGA